AUGACAGUGACAAAUAAUUUUUUGUAAUGAAAUUUAUCCGGUUAUAAUUAUUUUAUAAACAAUUAUUAAUAAUAAAAUGUAGCUUACUAAAACCCGUUUUAACUAAAGAUGAUUGCUGUGGAAGAAUACCCGACAUUAACAUUCCAAAAUUCUAACUUUCCAAAUGUUAUAUUCCAAAAAUUGUUUGAGCAAAAGAAAGCUAGUAAGUUCUGUGAUAUAACCAUUUUCGUAAACAAUAAAAUAAUCAAAGCACAUAGGAAUGUUCUUGCUUGCAGUUCUCCAUACUUUGAUUCUAUCUUAAAAACCCAUAAAGUCCAACAAGAAAAGCUUUCUGUAUCUUGCACAGAUAGCACAAUUUUUAACAAUGUGCUUAAUUUUAUGUAUACAGGAGAGAUAUCCAUCAAUCAUGGCAUUAUAGAAGAACUGUUAAAAUUAGCUGAUCAUUUUAUAUUAACUACAAUUUUAGAAUAUUGUAUAGACUUUUUAGGAUCUAAACUGAAUGUAAAUAAUUGCCUUUUUACCUAUUUCCUUGCAAAACAGUAUAAAUUGAAGCACUUGAGUGAUAACAUAGAAAAUUGGAUAGGUAAGCACAUAGAUGACAUUUGUAAAGGAGAAGAAAUACUAGGAUUGGAAAGGAAGCAGCUGCAAGAAUUCUUUACAAAUAAGAACUUCAUUUUAACCACUAGCAAUGCCCUUAACCUUUUAUCUCAGUGGAUACAAAAAGAUUUGGAAAAAAGGGAAAAGGAAUUUGAUAGUAUCAUUAAAUGCUUUCCAACCAAUGAUUUAGAGCCCAUAGAAGUAUUCAAACAUUUAGAAACCAAUCAACUGUACAGUAAAAGUGAACUAUGCUUUUAUAGGAUCUUGGAUUAUCUGAUUAUGAAUAAUUGGAUGUUGUCUAAUUUCAAGACUAGGUAUGAUGUUUUACAUGUCAAAUACGGACAGGUGUCACAAGAAAAAAUAAUGGACACUGAUAUAAAACAAAAGAAGAUUACGGUGACUGAAAAACUAGAUGAGUCACACCAUGUUAAACAUUCUGUAAUAGUAAAAGCGAAGUUAAAAAAUCGAAAACAGAAUAUCUUAAAGAAACUGAUGUUGUUUGGAUUGCAACCUAGUGUUAGAAUGGCUGCUCUGAAGAUGUUAAUAUGUAAGAAAACAUCACUGUUAGAUAUUGAAGAAAAAGAAGAAAAUGAAGUGAUGGUUGAUACUGAUGAAAAAGUGGGUAUCAAGUGCCCGAUCUGUUUCACAACAAUCAAUGACAGUUUGUUACUGGAACAACACUUAGCACUAAGCCAUGCUAAGAAUGUUACCUAUAAAUGUGGGCUCUGUUCAUUUGUUUGUCAGUAUCAUGGGGAUUACUUAAAUCAUAUGAAAACACAUUUUAGUGGACCACCCUUCAAGUGUGAUUUUUGUAACUUUAGCGUGGAACAAAUAUCCAAAUUAAUCAGUCAUCGUGCACAUCAUCUAGACGAAUCUAUCUACCAAUGCACAUUUUGUACGUUCAAAUGCCGUUUGAAACAGAACUACAUUUCCCAUAUGAAAAUGCACACGCCAGAAACCUUCAAAUGUGAACAUUGUUCAAAAUCAUUCAAAUUCGGUCAAAAUCUGGAAGCUCAUCUUCUGAACCAUUCAACAGAGAAGAAUUUGUCUUGCGAUUUGUGUGGAUUUCAUACUAAGUUUAUUAGCCAUAUGAUUGCACAUAAAAGGAUUCAUGCAGCAGACAUAUACCGUUGUUCAUAUCCUCAUUGUAAGUACACCACCUCCAAAAAAACCCAACUAGCGAGCCAUGCUAAGAGCCAUAAUGGUGUCAGACCUCACGUUUGUGGAGUAUGCGGCCGAAGUUUUAUGGAGAAAUCUCAUCUAGUACGACACGAACGAAUCCAUCUCGAGGAAAAGCCGUUUAAGUGUUCUCAUUGUGAUUACGCCAGUUCGAGAAGGGAUAAAUUGAAGGAGCAUUAUACUAGACAUCAUGGAGAGAACGCAUCUGCGAAGGUGCCAUAUAAAGCACGGCCGUUAAGGAAUAAUAAUGGUACCACCAGCAAGACGAAAGUACAGACUUCCCAAGAUUUGCCAACAACUACUACAAACACAAAUAAUGUCAAUUUUACGCAGACUAACAGCACAACAGUGGCACCAUCUACGCAAAAUUUAGGAUCAGAAAUACAAGAAUUAAUAAUGCACCAUCAAAACCAUUCAACUCCAACAGCUACAAAUUUGACUGUCCUAAACUCUACCUAUCAUCAUUUUACUUCUGGCGAAUCUGCAGAUUUUCAUCACUCUCAUGCUGUUCACACCCAUAACAUUCACAAUCAAAUACUCGGAGCGACAACAUCGGCAGGUCACAAUCAGCGUUCCACAGCAAAUAAUCCACAACAUACGAAUAAUAAUAUUGUCAACCAUCAUAUGUUGACGGCAGCUGCUGCAGCAAGAUCUAAUCCGUCGACUGCGACUUCAACUGCGGCUGCUGUAGCUGCGGCUAUGAUGUUGGAUCCAAGAUUUCAUCAUAACUCUGCGGUUCCCUAUCAUCCAACAUCUACUCCAGUUUCCAUGGCUAUGGCAGCUGUUCAGUCAGCACAACCAACGCAGUCCGCAAACCAACAAGCAUCUGAGUAUCCUCCAACAUUGCAAAAUUGUAUGCCUUUGUUUUAGAAUACUCUUCUUUGGAUUUAGGAACGAACCAAUGGUGGAACGGCGUAAACCAGACUUCAGGCAAUCAGAAGCAGCUUGUUCUCAAGAGAAUUAUUCAAAAACAGUUCCGAUCUUAAGUAUUCUAAAAACUAUUUAAACUAAUAGAGCAUAAACAUAUAUUUAAUUUAUAAAUAAUGAAACAAGGAAUAUGAUUUGUCCUUCGUUAUAUUCAAUUUAUACAAUCUAGACCUGUAUGCCAAAACCGAGAAUCUAAGGAUUAUUAACUUAUGUAUUGCUAUAGAUCAUUUUCUAGUCACAAAUUGUAACCUAGUGUAAAUUAUUCUAGUCAGUCUUUGUUCUAGAUACAUGUUACUUUCGUUUUGUUGGUAUUUAUAAAAAUAUAUAAUUGUUUUGUUUUUUAAACGUUUAUUUGUACUAUUUAUUAAAUAACUGUACAUCAACU